AUGGGUGCCGAUACCCAUAUCCCUGUGAUUUAUGAGCACGAUGACAAGGCCACCACAAUAUUGCCUCUUCUAGCAUCUCAUUUACCACUUUCGUCCGCACUCCUGCGUCGUAUUCAACAUGGAAUCGCCUAUCCAGCUCCCACCGCCAAGAUCUUAGCCACAUUCUCCCCAUCGACAUCCCCAUCCCCUGACACACCAUGGCUGGCUGCGCGAGUGGAUCUCUUCCGCGGCCGCGAGACUCAGAUCAUCCUAUACUCCAGCCUUGAAGCGGAGCACACAUCAAUCCAGCCGAUCGUUUCAGCUCCGCCUGUCACUGUCACCACCCCGAGUGACGGGUCCAGUCCCAGCGCGACGGAAAGCAACAAUAACGCCAGUCCCGGUCCCAAUUAUACGGUAGCUACACUCCACUCGGCUUCUCCUGCUUUUCUGGACCUGGCCCGUGAGCAACUAUUGGCUCUCCUCGCCUAUAUCAAGACCAACCUGUUGCCAGGGUACCUAGCUUCCCUGCCACCUGACCUUACGAAGAAGUCAGCCGCGAUGCAAUCGCCAAAUGGGGUACCGUUGAUCCCGGCACCGGAUCCUCGGGCGUUUCUUAUUGGGACCCUGCAUACAGGGCUGUUUACGCUACUCUUGCAGUCGGGGGUUUUCCCGCACCCUGAUGACGUGGUUGCGCCGAGUGAAAAGUUGGUGCCGUUGCCUGGGCUGAAGGUUCACCGGUAUGAUAACCCGCCGUAUAGCAAGUUCUAUUUCCCGAGGGAGGUGUUUACCAUGCGGGAUGGUGGGGCUGAGAUCCCUUUGCCGAAUGGCUAUCGGUUUCAUGAUCGGAAGGGACGAGUAGGCGUAUUAGAGGCGCAUUUGGAUCUUGUGCAGAGCCGGACGAAUAUUCCUAGAUCCAAGGCGCAGCUGUUGUCUAUACCUGGUGUCGCGAUCUAUUGUGACACGCAGUCUGCUACGCGUGGCGAUGGUGAAGAGGAUGAAUUGCCUGUUGCGUGGGCUUUUCUGGGUGUUGAUGGGCCUAUUGCCACUUUGCAUGUUGAGCCUGAGCACCGAGGAAAGGGUCUUGCACUUUCCUUGUCCAAGGAAGUGAUGCGGCGCGGUAUGGAUUCUAAUGGGGUGUUUGGAGCUGACCGGCUUGAGUUUAUGGAUGAGAAGCUGCGGCAGAAGACUACUGCUUGGGUGCAUGCUGAGGUUGCUCAAAUCAACAAGGCCAGUCGCAGAGUCAUGGAAAAGGUGGGAGGCGAGGUGAAGACAACGGUGAUGUGGGUGGUUAUCGAGCUUUGUAAUUGA